CCUGUGUCACUUGUGUUCCAGGACCCAAACCAGCCAUGUCCUCCCCUGCACAGCCUCAAGUCCCUGCCCCUCUGGCCAACUUGAAGAUUCAACAUACCAAGAUCUUCAUAAACAACGAAUGGCAUGCCUCAGUGAGUGGCAAGACAUUUCCUGUCCUCAACCCUGCAACUGAGGAGGUCAUCUGCCAUGUGGAAGAAGGGGACAAGGCAGAUGUUGACAAAGCCGUGAAGGCUGCACGACAGGCCUUCCAGAUUGGCUCCCCAUGGCGCACUAUGGACGCUUCAGAGAGGGGGUGCCUGCUGAACAAGCUGGCUGACUUAAUGGAAAGAGAUCGGCUACUGCUGGCUACAAUGGAGUCAAUGAAUGCUGGGAAAAUCUUUGCUGAUGCAUACCUACUGGAUGUAGAUGUCAGCAUAAAAGCAUUAAAGUACUAUGCAGGCUGGGCUGACAAGAUCCAUGGCCAAACAAUUCCAAGCGAUGGAAACAUUUUCACUUACACAAGACGUGAACCUAUUGGGGUGUGUGGCCAAAUCAUCCCUUGGAAUGGUCCCUUGCUUAUGUUCAGUUGGAAGAUAGCACCUGCCCUUAGCUGUGGGAACACAGUGGUUGUCAAACCAGCAGAGCAAACUCCUCUCACUGCUCUUCAUAUGGCAUCUUUGAUAAAAGAGGCAGGGUUUCCUCCUGGCGUGGUGAACAUUGUCCCUGGUUAUGGGCCAACUGCAGGGGCAGCCAUUUCCUCUCACAUGGACAUCGACAAAGUGUCCUUCACAGGACCAACAGAGGUUGGCAAAUUAAUCAAGGAAGCCGCAGGAAAAAGCAAUCUGAAGAGGGUCACCCUGGAGCUUGGGGGAAAGAGCCCUUGCAUUGUGUUUGCGGAUGCUGACUUGGAUAGUGCUGUUGAGUUUGCACACCAAGGGGUGUUCUUCCACCAGGGUCAGAUUGGUGAUGCAGCAUCCAGGCUUUUUGUGGAGGAGUCAAUUUAUGACGAGUUUGUGAGAAGGAGUGUUGAGAGAGCUAAGAAGUACAUUCUUGGAAAUCCUCUGGACACGGGGAUAAAUCAAGGUCCUCAGAUUGACAAGGAACAACAUGAUAAAAUACUUAAUCUCAUCGAGAGUGGGAAGAAAGAAGGAGCCAAACUGGAGUGUGGUGGUGGACGCUGGGGCAACAAAGGCUUCUUUGUCCAGCCUACGGUCUUCUCCAAUGUCACUGAUGAGAUGCGCAUUGCCAAAGAGGAGAUAUUUGGACCAGUGCAACAAAUCAUGAAGUUUAAGUCUAUGGAUGAAGUGAUCAAGAGAGCAAACAAUACUACGUACGGUCUAGCAGCAGGAGUCUUCACGAAGGACCUGGAUAGAGCCAUCACUGUGUCUUCUGCUCUGCAGGCAGGGAUAGUGUGGGUGAACUGCUAUUUGUCUCUCGCUAUUCAGUGCCCCUUCGGUGGAUUCAAGAUGUCUGGAAAUGGGCGAGAAAUGGGUGAGGAAGGUCUUUAUGAAUACACCGAGCUCAAGACAGUUGCAAUGAAGAUAUCUCAGAAGAACUCAUAAAAAGCCAGCAGAGCGAAGAGAAACUCUCCAGCAAUGGCUACACAUCUCCUAUAGUUACCAGCACAGUGGUGUGCCACUAUAAUCUCUUCUUCUGUCGAUUUCUUAACAUACAUGAUUCAUUAGUAUUAAUGUCACAGAUAAAAAAACAUGUAUCUUAAUCUGACACCAAUUUGUAUCCCAGAUUAAAAGGAUAUAUCUAAGUGCAAGCUCUCUGUAACUGUCAUAAUCAGGUGCUUUGCACUGUAGCAAUUUGUCUAGAAUAUUCAUUUGGUAAGAGGACCAGUAGUUACUUAAACUCUGUCCAUCAGUGACGCUGCAGAGUAACUGCAGAGUGAGCUGUUCUGUUCCCUGAGGUUGUCCCCUCCAACGCUCUGAACUGUGUUCUAGAAUGCCAUGCCCACCUGUCAAGUGGAAUACCGAGCUGUAAAUUAGGACACAAAGCUUAAUAAAGGCCAUCUCACAUGA